AUGGUCUGUGGGUGGUGGCGGCCCCAGGUGCUCAGAGUGGCUGCAAUACAGGUGCGCGUGGCGGUCACGCGGGAGUGGCCGGGGGACGCGUGCAGCAGCCCCGGGCAGGCCAGGACUCCCACAGCCCAUCACCCUCAUCACCUUCUCCCACCACACAGGGCUCCCUCCCUCAAGCGACCAGACCGAGGCGCGAGCCCCUCGUCCGCCGCUCCGCGGCUGCGCCCCUCUGAGCAGUCGCCCACCCCUCCCCGAGCCUCAGCUCCAGCCCGGGGACCCACCACCGGGGCGGAGCCGACGCCCGAAGGCGCGGAAGGUCGGGACUGGCGCACGGCAGCCGCGGCUCCCAGGCCCCGCGGGGACGGUCCCCGUCCGGCCCCAGCCUCACCCGACCGCCGUCCCCCUGCAGCCGCGGCCUCCCGCCGACCCUCCCCAGACCUAAGCCGGUCCCGCGUGCGGCCGCCCGGCGGUACCCACUCCCGGCGCCCCCUGGCGCCCUCGCGGCGUCCGACUCUGCGUCGGCGCAGGUCCCGCCGGGCGCAGAAAGCAGCCGUUUCCGGCCAGAGGAGCGGCCUACCCCGCCCACAGCCCGCAGGCUCGGCCCCUCCCUCACGGCGGCGAGAAAACUACACUUCCCACAAUCCUAAGGGAUGCCCUCGACUUCACAUCACGUCCCGACCAACCAGCGGCCAGUCGUCCACGGCGGGCGGAAGUGGCCUGAGCCCAGCGGCGGAAAUAGUGUUCUCGGGGCGGCGCUCCUGCCCCGCCGCGCACACAGCCGCCGGCCUGCGCCGACCCAGCACCCGCUCCCAGGGGCGCCCGCCCCCGAGCGCCGGCGCCGCAGCUGCCUUCCCGCGAGCCGCCAGCCCGCCACACCCGGCUGCCCCCCAGACCCACUCGGUCCUUUCCCCGCCCCCCCCCCCGCCCCCGCAGGGAGCCGCCUUCGUCAGAGCACGGACGGCCCAGGCUCCCCGCCAGCCGGCCGCACGGAGGAGCUCGAUGCGAAAGCCAGCACCUGGACGAGCCAGAGCCAGCCGUGCAGACGGCCCGCUGGAAAGGGGGCUGCGGGCCGUGCAGAACGACAAACUACACAUUCUGGAACGUUCCAAAUGUCCUGAGUAG